AGACCAGGCUUUGUGGAUGUCAGACAUGGUAACUAUAAUAGCUUAUCUUCCAUAGACUGAAAUGUGGAGAAGGGGGUGAUGAACACCUGUGGCCAUAACUCUAGUACUGUUAAACAAAAUUAUUAUGUACCAGUAGAAUGCUCGUGCGCUGGAUCGGUGCCCACUGCUUUUAACUCUAACAAACCACAACAUUGUGCACAAAAACAUCCCACAAAAAGAGUAUGGUCUCGAGGCUUCGCAAUGAAUCCGUUGUUAACUACACGUGACAACUUUACAGAAUAUCAGAGACUGAACCGUGGAAAUUAGGCCUAUGCGAUGUCAUUUCAGAGUUGCUUUUGGAACUAUUCAUAUAAGUACAGUGGUUAUAACCAGGAUAACUUUUUACUCACACAGGUACCUCCGAGUUUGUGACUCUCGACCACCGCGGCAGUGGCCCCGAGCUCCGCUGCCCUGCGUGCACCGGCUAGACCCCCAGAUCCACCUCCAAUCACUAGAAAAUCGAACCGGGUUGUCGCAUCUGAGGCCAUACUCCGACGGAUAAGUUUGUGUCUGUAGGAGGGUGAAAGCAAUCGCCGGAGUGAGAAAAGAAGAACUUGCAUCCGGGCAAACGGUAUUAUUAUUACCAUAACCAGGAAGCUCACACACCACCGGACGCAGUUGUUUUGGGCGAAUGGGAGGGUCAAUCCCCGAAGUGAAAGCUAGUGCUUAGUCAUUGUGAAUUGGAACAAUGGUCUGUAAAUCCCAGAAACAAUUUUAACAUAGUCAUGGUGAUGUGCAGUCUGUUAGCCUACAAUGAUAGGCUAAUCUCACAAUAUGUGAUAUGAGGAGCACUGACAGAAUGAAUGGCAAAAUAUAGGCCUACAGUCUACCCUUUUUAAUGUAAGGAUAAUACCUAUAUAAUAUCAGCAGUGUCAUCAUCCUAAGGGCAAUCUUAUAUGAAUAGCUAAAGCCACCGCAUGGGGGACACAACUUCAUUUUCUUUUUGAUCAUGCACGGGGAUGGCUGACAAAUUAUUAGUCAACUAACGUUAUUCAAUGAUUCAUAGAAAAACAUUUCAAGUUGAUUUAGAGAAAAAGAGACUCACCUAGACAGUGCCACUGUCAAAGUCGUGUUCACAGUGCUUGAAAGUGACUGUCUGCAUAUUUUGACCCACUGCAUGUUUCACGGUCUGUAGUUUAUUUCAUAUCAACAUAUUUUGCUGUGUACUCGGUUGUAACGCGUCUUUAACACAUUUAAUGGAUGGAAACAAAGUAUAUACAACAUGCAGUUUACAAAAUAAAGCUACUUCCUGAGCCGUUAGAAAGGACUUUCAAAAUAAAAGCUCGAAACCUCAUAGGCUGUAGAAAGAUAUGAGCAAUUUGUUGCCAAGCAUAUGCGUAAUGCUUCACUAAAUAUUCCUAAAUUAGCUAUGGAAUGGCGUUUUUGGAUGAUAGCUCCAGUGAUAUUUCAGCUGGAUAAACGACGAAAAUAUAGGACGUAUAUGUCAAUCCCGCUAGGGGUUAACUCGAGUUGAUCACGCGUGACCAUCGGAGCCAAUCAAAAUCUCUUUCGACCCGCACGCAUUUCCUCCGUAGGCCUUCAGAGCUUUCUUCAACCUGAAACAGUGUUGCCAUGUUUGUUUUUUUCCUGCUGGUUAGGCUACUUUGAAAACGAUGUCGCGGGUGAAAAUGUAUUGGUUGCGGGUUUUUGGACUAUUUCUAAUUUACACCGCGGCCGCCAUGGCAUUUCUAUUAAAACAUAUAUAUUUCACCGUGACCUGCUGCUGACUGUCAGGGGGGAGGGAGGAAGGAAGAAGACAGCCCAACCUGGAGUAGCAGGUCUGAACAACCUAUCAAAUGGGAAUCCUGCAAAUCAAAACACUCACAGUUCAUUUGUGCAGGAUUCAAGAAGGCCAGAUGAGUUUGACUUUGAGUGUGUGGUAAAUUCCAAAUUCAAAAACUCAGAAGUGUGGUUUUGUGAGAAAUGUCGCUUUUUGACCACAGAUUUUGACGAUUACAGCAGCCAUAUUAUGGAGCAUGCGGUAAUGAGAUUUUACUGCUUCUAUUGUAACCAUGUCUCAUACAGCGAGGCCGAAUUAAACCACCAUGUAGAACAGCACACCAGAGUACACCCCUUCAAGUGUCAGUUCUGUGAUUAUAGAGCUGUGAAGAAAGACUAUGUUGAAAUGCAUAUGAAGCGAAUACACAAUGCGCCUCCUGAGAAAGUAUCCAGUGCUUUGCCCAGAGGUCCCAAACCGGCCUCUCUCCCCAGUGCUCUGCCCAGAGAUCCCACAUUAUCAGGGAUCUUAAAUACAAGGGUCGCACCUUUGCGCACUAAGAAUAUUACAACCAGAGUGGAUGAAGGAAGACCUAUGGAUGGGACACUGGAUGCAAACAUAUUGCCCAAAGUAGAGGUGGAGCUGUUGGCACCUUUAAAUGAACCAAUUCAACACAACAGGCCUUUGACUGUCUCUUUCCCUGAAGUGGGGACCAUCCCCCCUGGCUGCCUUGUUGAACUUGUUGAGGUGAAAACAGUUAAUGGGACCAAGGAACUAAAGUUGAGACUUGUCUCACAACAAUCUAAUGGGUCUGUAGUGAAAGCCUGUCGGACCACAACCUCACAAAAUGCCACUUUGUGUAAAUCAUCUAUGUCCAACGCCACUCCAACUAGAGAAAAGCCAGUGAAGAAGAGAACUUGCACAGGCAACAUAUCAACCCGACAAAUAAAUAACCAGAAACAAAAGGAUUUAACAACUGCCCCCUCCACAAAUGGCAUACAACUGAAAAAACACUCUGAAGAAUUGCUGGUGAUGGUGAAAGAUGUAAAUCAGCCAUUUGAGAUAAAGAAAGAGGAAGUGAAGGAAGAGAACUGUGAUUCUGUGCAAAAAUCUGAACGCUUGCAUUCAUUUACAGCUGUCUCGAGUGUGUCCAUGAUGGGAAACGUCAAUGGCACCAAAUCACCCUUUGUUGCACCUGCUGCAAUGUCGUCUUUUGUAUUGUGCAACCCUAGAAGUAGCACCCUGGUCAUUCCCUCUCCAACAAACCAACCUAAAGUGGAUGAGACUUGUCAUGUGGCUGACUCAAUCACCUCUGGUUGGACUCAAUCUGAGAAUCCAUUAGUAGAUGACGUGCCAGGACCAAAAGGUUUCCCAGUCAUUUCAGCUGUAUUUUCUCUAAGUAGCCCUCAGCUCUUGGCGGUGGCUCUUCGGACCAUAGCUUUGGGUAAUAAUUCACCCUCUGCAACGGGAGAGCAAGGAAAUGUCAAGAAUUCUUUGAUCCUCACACCUGCUAAGACAACAGCAGUGUGCAAAGGGCAUGAACACAAGAUAAAGCCAGGAAACACUGACAUGGCCCCCGAGGGUUUGUCCUCUGUUCAUGCACCUCAAAUGAUUCCAAAAACCUGUCACCAGGUGCAGAGUGCUCAAUGUUCUAGACACACCCAAUCACUAACAAGUAAUCCCUUGAGCACCAAGGGGGAGAAUAACAGUGUUACAAUAAAGCUUCACAAGAAAACAGUUUUGAAUAUGAAAAAAAGUCCUCCAAAUGUGGCCAAAAAAACAGUAGACACACGGGACAGUUGGAUUGGCCAAAUUGACACUGAAAAAGGGUCAGUCCCCAGACACUGGAAAAGUUCAGCAAACAAGCGGGACAUUUCUGGUAGACUCUCUUCCUGCCUGAAGCUCUCAUUGAAAAGGAUACGAGUAGAAGAGGAAAGUAGCCUUCAACGUUGCACACCUGAGUUGAACCAACGAAGGAAGAAAAGAAGACGACGAGACAUGGUAUCUGGGUCAAAGACUUUCACCCACCUGUUAGAUACCACAGGUGACAGGGUUAUUAUCUGCCCAACUCCACUGAAAGAAGACCAGCUGGUGAAGCAACCAGGCCCAAACCAACCUGUUGUGGUUCUCAACCAUCCCAAGCCUCUGGUUCUGAGAGGGAGGUUAGGAAUGGAGACGAUUCCAGACAUUGGUCCAACAUGUCACAUAAUGAAAAUGAAGUUGAGCAAAGUAAUGGGACAUACGUAUGAGGUGAUUGGAUGUACCGUUAAGGCCUCUCCUUAGGGUGAUGGCAAAUUGUUAUGGAAAAUGAUAGAUUUAUUUGCUGGGGACAGAACACUAAACAUUGAGUUAUCAAGAGUCUGAUGCAUUGCGCCAUUAAGGGUUGGCUUGCACUCAUUUCCAGGGUCCCUAGAUGAGCUUCAGAUUAAUAAUGGAUAGACAUUUCAUACAAUUUGUUACUUCAUAGAUGAUGAAAGACUGAACCCCAUUGAGAGAAACAAGUGGGCAUUCAGGCAGGCAGGCAGGCAGGCAGGCAGGCAUCAUAUAUAUAUUUUUUUUUAACAAUUAGCAUUUUUGCUGCAGUAUCAUUGGUAGCACAGAUCUGUGUAAAUAUGAUUGUAUAUUUGAAUGAACUGACAUUGCAAUUUUUUUCUGAUGGACGGACAACUGCUUAAAUUAAAUGAAUGUCAAUUAUUUUGAAUGCAUUUUGAAUAAAAUAAUAUGUAACCCCCUGGUUACUUUUAGCUGGACUGCAUUGAAUUACUGUGUUCAACACUAGGCAACAGUCGGACACGAGGGAGAAUAGAACACCAGCAAUGUUGCUAAUUUGAUGUUUUGAGUAUUUAAGUUGAUAACUCACUCUUUAAUUAACUAGAUAGCUACACAAAAAUAGUGUAUAGAAUGAUAGCCAUGAGGACAGCAAGGGAAUUUUAUUUUUCAACUGUCAUCGUAAGACCAGACCAGGCACAUCUCUCUGCCGUUGUCUCUGAAAAAAGCAAUUGUAGCUAGAGCUGCCACCCGAUACCAGUGUUUUAACAUCAAAAUAUAAAUAGUUGUCAAUCCUACUACAGAACUCUGAAAAUGUUACCACAUAGUGAAUAGAAUGUUCAUGCUAAACCUCUUUCCAAUGAUCACUGACUUUUUGUAUUGUAGCUCUGAAAAAAGUUUGGUUAUAUUAUCCAACCUCAUCAUUCCUGUUUUAUAUUUUGCAUUUAUUAUGGUUGACUGACUUGACAUUAACAUUUUAAGUUCCUAGUGGAACAAAGUAACUCAGUGCUACUCUAUUGAACCCUUUUCUAGACUUUUACAUUUUUAACCAUAAUUCCAGGUGGUUCCUGCCAUCGUUAUCCCUUGUUUUCUUUGGACUUUUUGUCAUGGUUACUGCUGUAUAUUGCUAGAAGUGUUUGAACCGCUCCCUCAAUCAUCUGUUUUUCCGUAUUUUUUAUGUAAAAGUAUCAGAGAAAAUAUUGAGUUGUUUUAGGUUUGACCAUAACAAUAUAUUUAUCAAAAUAUAGCUCUUGUUUAGAUGUGGUGCAGAUCUUUAAAUGUACAUGUAUUUUGGUUUCCUUUGAAAUUUCUCUCAUCUUUUAAAUGGGAGUUAUUCGCAUAAUAACAAUUAUAGUUGUCGUUCUCAUGUUGUCAGUGUUUUCUGUCCUCUAUAUUAUGUAUUAUCUUAAUGUGCCAUUUUGAAUAAAGAUCUUUUUUCAUA